AUGCGCGACGCCGCCGUGUCCACACCAGAAGAUACUGCAGAUUUAAUACCGCAGUCCCCGGCGUCAAGUUCUUCAUCAGCAGAGGAGGGGCAAGAGGAGCUGCUGGACUCUGUGUGCAAGAUCGACAGCGCGUUACUGCGGCAGGAGCAGCUGUCGUCCACGGCCUCGGAGGAGAGCGCCAACGGCAUGAGCAACCAGAGCGAGGAGGGCGGCGCCGUGAGUCGCGACGAUGUGGAGCAGCUGCGGCGCAGCAAUGAGCAUCUGAGACGGGAGGUGGCGGACUUGACCAGCGCGUUGCUGGCGCGCGACCUGGAGCUCGCGGGGCUGCGCGAGCGCUGCCAGUUCCUCAGCACUGCGGUGGAGCAGCAGGACGAGGUGAUUGCUAAGAUUUACGCUGCUACAGCGGCUAAUGAAGCGGACAGAGAGCUGUCAGAGCCUGCAGCAGGGAGUACACUGAGUGGGUUUGCGCCUUCUAAGGAUAAACUUAGUAGUGGGUCGAAGCAGAAUGAACAGAGUUCGACGUUCAGCUCCAUGAAGAGCUACCCGGGUGCGGUGGGGAUGGCGGAGCCUGCGCAGAAGAUGCUGGAAGCUCGCCUCGACUCGAUGGGGUUCCAGGGUGACAGCGUGGAGAAGGCGGUCGAGUCGCUCAGAGAGGACCUGCCCACGGAGCUGGAAAAACUGAGUGAAAACGUUGCGAAUAUCGAUUUGGGCCAGCUGCCGUACACGCCACGAGUUGCUAGUAGCUCGAACAACUUUAGUGCCACGGCCAGCGUGUACAGUUCGAGCAGCACGGCGACCGCGUCAUCGUCGUCGUCACUGUUUGGGGAUGUGGGCGAGCCUGUGUCAAAGCCACCGCGGUCCUGGAGUUCUCCAAGGAGUCCGGUUUCGAUUGUCAAGCGGCGACCGUCGCUCGAACGCCACGACAACAGCCCUACAGAGGAGGUAUUUGCGAGAUCGGCGGGCUUCCUGCGCAAGUCCAACCGCACCAUGUCCGGGCGGCUGAGUGUGAGCGACCUUGGCCUCCUUCACAACGAUGACGACGAAGAUCUCGAGAGUAACCAAGCCUCUGAAGUAGCGCCUUUUAGCAUUGACCAGGACGACUGUCUCGGGUUCGCGGAUAGUGGCAGCUCGACGGUGUCGACCAGAAGCCGGAGCCAGCGAAACCUCUUUGCCGAUAUUGAUGAGGCGCUUAAAGCCAAGUCCAAACAGAAAAAUUCCGAUCCAGUUGGUGGAGAUAAAGCUGACGAGGACAGCUUAACCUACGGCGAGUUCCUGCAGCGGAUCAGUCUGCCUGCCUCCAGAGACAUCUUGGACAAGAUUCGCAUGUUUGUUGGGUCGAUUUUGGGACCUCGUGGUGACGGACGACCGCCCCGAUCCACGGACUAUGUUGAGUACGACUUCUACGGGAAGCACGAGUUCCGUCGCCGGUGCAACCGCUUUUUUGAGACCAUGGAGGAGAUCUUGCUGAACCACCCGGCGUGGCGCCAUGCGUCCGAAGGCAAACUGGCCAAGGCGCGCGACGGUAUUGAAAAGUACGUCAUGGACAAGGUAUCUGACAUCGCAUUCAAUCAGCUGAAGGAGUGCCAACAGUGGAUGAAAGAAGAUGAAGCCCUUCUUCGUCGCAUGCAGCUUUUAUCGUUCAUCACACCCGCGAUGUUGGACAUCAAGCCUUGCAUGCGCAACGAAGUUGUCUGGUCGAUGGCUGAGGAUGAAUUGCGUCGUAUCAACUCGUUCCGUUCGCCAGGAGACAAGAUUAAUUGCAUUGUCCGAUGCUGCAGCGUCAUUUUCAGCGUUCUCAACUUGUCUCGGGGAGAUUCGGGCAGUCGACCGGGUGCAGACGAUUUUCUUCCAGUCUUCAUCUACAUCGUGCUGCACUCGCAGAUUCCUCGACUGCACUCCAACUGCGAGUACAUUUCAGCAUAUCGGAACCAAGCUGAUCUGAUGUCAAAGGCUGGGUAUUGCUUCGUCAAUCUGCGCAGUGCGAUCGAGUUCAUUAUGGUAAUGGAUGGAUCGAUGCUGUCCAUUUCAGACGACGAGUUUCAACGAAAGGGAGAAACUCUUGCUGAAGUCCUGAACGGGCAAAGGGAGCGCAUGAGUAAGGCCGCAGUCAAGUUUAAGCCGCUCCUCGCUGUUCACAAGUUUAGUUGUGUCACAUUCCCAGCCGUGAACUCUGCUGGGGAGACCAGCGGUGGGCUGAAAGGAACCAACUACAACAAAGGGUGUACAAGUGCGCCUUUGGGCUCGCAGGUCUAUGGCCGCGCUCGAUGGUUCAAGGACGUCUGGGCCAUCAUGUACGCCUGGUACUUCCCCAAGGGCUUCUGGGACGCCGACCGUCGCCACAACUGGGCCAGCGCUGUCGUGUGGAUCGACAACCCGGCGCUGGAAACGCCAAAGGCUCUGGGCUUAUCGUUGUCGAAGUCCGACACUAAGUACAACCACCUUGCUCCUGUUUCGCUCCCGAACGCCACGACCCCGUACCUGCAGCUGGAUGCCGCCUCGUUCAGCGAUUUUGAGAUGAAGUCCAUCGAGUUUGCUCUCGGCAGCUCCCAGGACCUUAUCAUGUGGGAGCAACUCACGGGCGCAGCUCGUGCAGCGCUCAACGACCCAAAAAGCUUCGGCGAGUCUUUCGUUCCCAUGAGUGACACCAACUUUCCCGAGUGGCUCGAGAAAGCAUGGCCCUUUAAGUCGGAAGAGUGA